GCACAAGCGCAACAGCAUGUCCCUUGCGAAUGGCCUGGGAAAUGAAUUGAUGAGAAAGAUGUCAGUGUCGAAGCGUGGCAUAGGCACGACCGUCUGGCUACAUGGACAGGAGCUUGAUGGGGAAUAUCUAGUACACACAACUAGGAGUGCCAGCUAUGAAGGCCAAGCCGUGGUUGCCCUGGGGAUCUAUGCGUACUGCAAAGCAUCUGAUGUCAAUAUAUAAGGAUUUAUCGAUUUUUG